CGGGGGCUUGUGGCGGAGCCGAGACCGGGGACUUGGCUCGUUCUCCGCUGGGCACCGGGCCCGGCCCCGGCCCUGCAACAGCCCGAGCCAGGCGGAAGCCGGGGACCUGGAUCCCAGUCCCGACCAGUGCCCCCAGGCCCCCGCCCCGAGGGCUGCCAACUCCCAGGCCUUUAGGACCCCGAGCCCGAAACUGAGCGCCCCCCACCUCCCCGACCUGAGAACCCCCCGAGAGCCCGGACACGCGCGGCGCGCACAGCCCGGGUGUCCCGGACACACGCGCAGCCCAGGCAUCCGGGGUGCACGCACACGCCGCAGGUGUCUCACCCCCCCCACCCCCACCCCAGGUGUGUCAGCCACACACACACACGCCUCCGGGACACACCCCUCCCCGCCCGGCCCCGCACGUGACCCCGAGGCGGGAGGCUCCGCCCGGCCGCGGCGCUGCUCCGGGACCCGGCGGGGCGGGAUGGGGCCGCCCUGCUCCGAAGCCUUCGUGCUGCAGCCGCCCGUCUGGUACCCGGUCCUGCCCUACCUCACGACCAUCUUCGGGGGCCUGGCCCGGCGCGUGGUGCUGCUGCAGGGCACGGUGGCCGCUGGAGCAAAGCGGUUCCACGUGAGCUUCCAGUGCGGCUGCAGCCUGCGGCCCAGGCCGGACGUGGCCGUCGGCCUCUGCCUCCGGUUCGGGGCCCGAGCUCGGCUGGUGUGCGCGGUGCGGGAGGCCGGGCGCUGGCGGGGAGCCGUGCGGCUGCCUCGACUUGCCCUGCGGCCCGGAGACGCCGUCCUGCUCCUCUUCCGCUUCCAGCAGGACCAUGUGCAGGUGAGCCUGAACUCCCAGCCCCUGCUGUGCUUCCGCUACCGCCUGCCCCUGGCCCGGAUCGACACUCUGGGGGUCUUCGGGGACGCGUGGAUCAAGGCCAUCGCCUUCCUGCCCACCAAUCCCUUCGAUGCCAGUCAAGCCACCUGCCCCACUGCCCAGCCCCUGCUGCCAGUCCAGACCCAGCUGGCCAUGCCCUACUCCCACCCCCUGCCCCACGGCCUGACCCCCGGGAGCACCGUGAUCGUCUGGGCUACGGUGGCUGAGGAGCCAGAGCACUUCAGCCUCAGCCUGCGGGCAGCGCCCCCAGAGCCAGGCCUGGUGCUGGCCGCCUGCUUCCGCACUGGGGCCCUGACGUGGUGCCAAGGCCCCGGGGAGGCCCACGAGGUGCUGGACGGCUUCCCCUUCCACGCCCGCCGCUUCUUCCAGGUGAGCUGCUGCUGGUGGUGGAUGCGGCAGGCAAGUUCUGCUUGGCGCUCAAUGGGGUCCCGCUGGGGCCCUUCCAUGCCUCCGGCCUGGCCUGGCCCUGCCUCACCCAGCUGGGCAUCACCGGCGACCUGCGCCUGCACCGCGUCCUCUGCUGAGCCCGUGCCCGCCACCAUGCCAGCAAGGGACAGACGCACCAGCUCCCCGCUGCACCCAGCUCUGGGGUGGAACAGACGCACAUGACCUCAGAUGCUCCCAGCUGUGGGGUGAACCAUGUACCCAGCUGUGGGGUGGAACAGACACGCAUGUCCCCAGGUGUGCCCAGCUCUGGGGUGCCACAUGUAGCCAGAUACACCCAGCUCUGGGAUGAAUCAUG